GGAUUGGUCCAGCUUGGAAUAUAGUAUCACUAAAAACCCGCAUGAGAGUGAGAGGGAUAACUUUUUUGUCUUAUUGCAGAUAGCUUUACUUAAGGAGAGUCCAUGCCAUACAAGUGGUGGAUUGAGCUGAGUGCAGGAGAUAACUUUUUCUGAAGGUGGGGGUUUUGAUUAUUUUUCAACAUUUGCAAAUUUCAAGUAACUUUUUAAUCGAGGUAGUUUUGUUCUCCUAACGAGUGAUGACCAGUUUAACGCAAGUGAGUUUACACAUACGUGCUUAACAAGCGUGUGAAUGUACAGGCUUGGGUAAUUAAUUUUGGUUUCUUUAGCCAUUGCAACAAGACGCAGGCCUGUGCUACAAAAUCGCUACCUGUGCCUUCAGUCAGUAAAAUUGAUUUUUUUUCCUAUAUGCGAAUAGCUACGUUGUUGCUGCUAGUGCAUUUAUAAUUAUAGUUUAAAUAUGUACAGCAUGAUGGAACACGAACUGAAGUCCUCUGGCCCCCCGCCUUCGCACCAGCCGGGUCAGGGGAUGUCUCCUGUGAGCGGCGUUGUAGGGGCAAAUCACCCAGGGGUCAAACCAGUUUGUCCGGCCGGUGGUGACCCCAUGGACAAAGUGAAGCGACCCAUGAAUGCUUUCAUGGUGUGGUCGCGAGGCCAGAGACGGAAGAUGGCACAAGAGAACCCCAAAAUGCACAACUCGGAAAUAAGUAAGCGCCUUGGAGCUGAAUGGAAAUUGCUGACAGACGCCGAAAAGAGGCCAUUCAUAGAUGAAGCCAAGCGGCUCCGGGCUGUGCACAUGAAGGAGUAUCCCGACUACAAGUAUAAGCCCCGUCGUAAGAGUAAGCCCUUGCUGAAAAAAGACAAUCCUGUUGGUAAAUACCAACUGUCUGCUGGCAAUCUUCUGGCAGCAGCGGCUGCUCAGGGUCCUGGUGGAAGCCCGAGAAUGGAGAGCUACGGCUGGGGGCCCACGGGGGGGUAUGCGGGUAUGCAGAGUGAAGCACUGGGAUAUCCACAGCAGCUCCACCGCUACGACCUGUCGGCAUUGCAGUACCCCCCUGCUAUGGCCACCGCACAGACUUACAUGAACGGCGCUAACUCAUACAGCCCCAUGUCCUACAGCAGUAGCCCUCAGCAGCCCAGCCCAGUGAUGUCAAUGGUGAAGCCAGAACCGGUGUCACAUUCCCCAACUGGAGCCCCCAGCCACCACCGUGGGGCUUUGCAAGGGGACUUGAGGGACAUGAUCAGCAUGUACAUUCCAGGAGGAGAUGCAUCUGAUCCUAGUGUUCAGAGAGGGUAUCCUAGUGUUCAGCAGCACUACCUCAGUGGGACAGUGCCCCUGACCCACAUUUGACAUCCUGGCACUGGGACACUCACAAGGGCACACACACACACACACACACACACACACAAUUCAUAAUGUCCCUUGAGCCCCCACAAUUUUAUUUAACUUGUCAUUACUCUGUUUCACAAUUGUGUGAUGGUCACAUUAAUUGGGAUAACUCUUCCAUACCUCCUUCCCAACAUUUAUGUUCUGGGGCCCUCUUGUAAUGCCACCAGUUCCUUAUCUUUCCCUCAAUCCCCUUUCUUGUUCCUUCCCCCUUAAAUUUUCCCAGUGUGAAGGAGAGGUGUACAUAAACUACCAUGCUGAGAAUGUGUAGUUCAUUUUGAAACUUAAAUGGUGUAAUUAACUUUUUUCAUUUUUUAUCUCUGGGUACCACACUGGUCAGUUAAACCUCUUUGUGCAACAAGAUAACCAAACUUGGAGGGGGACUUGGAUACAUGAAAGGACUGAAUAACUGGGCAAUAAUUUUGGCUAACUAAUCAGGAUUCCAUGUCUUAAGCUAUAGAUAUGGAAGUGAUGUGAGUUUAUGCUCUGAUUAUAGACCAAUGUUUAUUUGAGACUAGUCAAUAGGAAUAGCUGCCUUCAGAUUGAAUGCCAAGGAAUGUACAUAAUUGUAUGGUUUGGCAUCAAGUGAGGUUUGAUUGGUCACCCAAGCUCUUGCUGUAGUGGUAAUAAUUCAUCAAUAAAACCAAUCCUAUGGGAUAUUAGGAAAUCCUAUUGGACAAUCGUACGAGAGAUGCUUAGAUCUGACUGAUCUUAAAAUAAUGUUAUUUACUCUCCCAUAUUCAAGUUGGAUCUUGGGUAAUGUCAUGCUGGAAUUCAAUUAAUUGCAGUUGCGGUGCAUUCAGAGUUCAUUAGCCGGGUUUAUUUCCCUUCUUAGAAAGUGUGGUCAGCCAGCCAAUGCUUCAGCAAUCUCUUUUGCUAGUUACUUGAGUAAUAUCACAAUAUGGAUGUAUAAAAUGCAACUUUCCAAUAGUCACUGGCUCAAACAAGACAGUUGACCAAAAUGGCUGUUCCUGUUCCAAGACUGUUACCUUUAACCCAAAUCCUUAACUAGUUAACUGGUGCUGCUAAAGAUUAUGAAGUAGUUGAGGUGUUUGGACUUUGAAUUUCCAGCUGACAUGGGAGUGGGUGUGUGUGUGCGUACGGGGGCAUCUUUUGAUUACAUUUUAUUAGGACUGGACAGCCCUCGCAGUGUGCACUCUUUCAACACAAACACUCGUUUGUAUUUUAGAGGAUGUCCUUACUACUACUUAUUUUUAAAAACUUAAGUCAAAUGGGGUCUAAAUACUGUAAUUUAUAUUAAAAUAAUAAUGAAACAAGUGAAUGUUUACAUUGCAAUUCAAGUGUGCAACAACAUUAACUUUGUAUUGUAAACUUUUUUUGUACUUUUUCAUUUUAGUAUAUUAAUAAUGCUUUGCAUGUAAAUAGUGUGAGACUGGAGUCUUACAGCUUUGAACUGUAUAGUAACCCCCCCCCCCCCCCCUUUCCGAAAAGCCCUUAUACUAAGGGUGUUUUUUGUUUUUAAGAAACCAUGUCAAGACUAUGACAAUGAUGACAAAAAAGUAAUAAACAUUUACAAUUUUUAAA